AUGCCUCAGUUGCUGGGAAACAUUGAUGGGAUCAUCCAGGCCUUCAGCCGCUAUGCCAAGACUGAGGGAGAUUGUACCACACUUACCAAAGGGGAACUCAAAAAGCUCCUGGAGCAGGAGCUCGCUGAUGUCAUUGUGAAACCUCAUGAUCCUGCCACAGUGGAUCAGGUCUUCCACCUAUUGGAUGAAGAUGCCAAAGGGACUGUGGAUUUUAAGGAAUUUCUUGUGUUGGUGUUUAAAGUGGCCCAGGCUUGUUACAAGACACUAAAUGAGAGUUCUCAAGGAGCUUGUGGAACUCAAAAGCCAGGGAGCCAGCAUUCUGGGAGCACCCAACAACAAAACACUGAUCAGAGCAGUCAUACUGAAACAGGAAGAGUGGAGAGAGAACAAAGCCAUAAUAGGCAUGGAAAAGAAGAGCAGACAUCCACAGGACAAAACAGGAGCAACCUGACCACAGGGACUCAGACUCGGGGCCAAGACUUCACUUCUACUCAAAUCUGUGGCCAGGAUAGGCGGCCUGAAACACAAGGACAGGAGAGAAGAAGCGGACAGGUUAGAGACAAAACUGAAGGGCAGAGGCAGCCUGAGACAGGAACCACUCAGAUCAGGGAACAAGGUAGGACACAUCAAACAAGUGAGACAGUGACUGGAGGUCAGUCUCAGAUUCAUACUGGAACAACUCAGAUCAGGGAACAAGGCAGGACCCAUCAGACAACUGAUAAAGUGACUGGAGGUCAGUCUCAGAUUCACACAGGUACUACUCAGACUAGGGAGCAAGGCAGGACCCAUCAGACUAGUGAGACAGUAACUGGGGGUCAGUCUCAGAUUCAUUCUGGUACCACUCAGACUAUGGAACAGGAUGGAUGUCAUCAUCACACAAGAGACAGGAUGACUGGAGGUCAGUCCCAGGUUCAUACUGGUAUCACUCAGACUGUGGAACAAGAUGGAAGUCAUCAUCAGACAAGAGACAGGGUGACUGGAGGUCAGUCCCAGGUUCAUACUGGUAUCACUCAAACCGUGGAACAAGAUAGAAGUCAUCAUCAAACAAGAGACAGAGUGACUGGAGGUCAGUCUCAGUGUCAUACAGGUACCUCUCAGAUCAGAGAACAAGGCAGAACCCAUCAGACAACUGAUACAGUGCCUGGAGGUCAAUCUCAAAUUCACACUGGUACCACUCAGAGUAGGGAGCAAGGGUGGACACAUCAAACAACUGAUAAAGUGAUUGGAGGUCAAUCUCAGAUUCACACUGGUACCAAUCAGAGUAGGGAGCAAGAUAGAAGUCAUCAUCAGACAAGAGAUAUGGUAACUGGAGGUCAUUCUCAGAUUCACACUGGUACCACUCAGAGUAGGGAACAAGAUGGAAGUCAUCAACACACAAGAGACAGAGUGACUGGAGGUCAGUCUCAGUGUCAUACAGGUACCUCUCAGAUCAGAGAACAAGGCAGAACCCAACAGACAACUGAUACAGUUCCUGGAGGUCAAUCUCAAAUUCACACUGGUACCACUCAGAGUAGGGAGCAAGAUAGAAGUCAUCAUCAGACAAGAGAUAUGGUAACUGGAGGUCAUUCUCAGAUUCACACUGGUACCACUCAGAGUAGGGAACAAGAUGGAAGUCAUCAUCAGACAAGAGACAGGAUGACUGGAGGUCAGUCUCAGAUUCACACUGGUACCACUCAGAUCAGAGGACAAGGCAGGACCCAUCAGACAAGUGUAACAGUGACAGGAGGUCAGUCUCAGACAGGGAUUACUACCACCCAGCAAUGGCAAACUGGCUACGGCCAGACUAGAGGGCCAGAGACCCAGGGACAAAUAAUAAGAGAAACAGAGUUAGGGGGACAGACUCAUACUCAAAUAGGGGGAGGCACCCAAACCCAGACAGGAUGUAGCCAGGGAUGGGGCCAAGAAAGGAGCCAACACACAAGAGAAACCAUGCUGGAAGGCCAACAUCAUACGCAAGUGGGAAGCACUGGGACUGAGACUGGAAGACAGGACUGGAGUGACAGUCAAAGAAGCUGCAGUGUGACAGGAGGACUGCAGGAGAGUGACUACUGCCAGACUCAAGAACCCUCUUUCGGAGGACAGAAGUGGAACAGACAUCAAACAAGGGAGACAGUGGCUCAACAGCAGGACCAGAGUAGCCUGCAGACAAGGGAAUCAGAAAUUCAUUGUCAGGGGUCAACUCAACUUGAAGGAGCAGGCCAGGUGGAGGGAGGAAAGCGAGGUCUCACUGCUCGAGGCCUCUACUCCUACUUCAAAGGCAACAAGCAAUGA